UCUUGCUCAUCUCCUCCCCACCCCCCUCCCCCCUCUCACACUCAUUCUCCUGCUCCCCUUCUUCUUGCUCUCUGCCCAUCGCCUGCCGAGUCGCCUCCUUCCUGUCAUUCGCCUGGACCGGCUCUUCCUCAUCAUACACCCUCUCUCAUCGUUCCCGCGCCUCGUGCCAUCCCCCAUUCCCACCCCCCUCUCUCUUCUUCCAGAUGUCCACAUAGGACGCAAUUAUCAUGGUCGACGAGCGGGCCGCAUUACCUGUUACCGGGCUGCCCGCCGUCGCCGCUGAGGCCAAGGGCAUGGCCGGAUCUACAUCUUCGCCCGCGCCCCCUCCCGCCACAAUUGCGCCACCUCCCGCCUCAUCCCCCCGCCCUCCUCCUAUCUUGACAUCUCCUCUGACAGCACUCAACGGCAGGAGCGCUGCUGAACCAGGGCUAAACGGUAAUGGCAACGGUGGCAGUGGUGGCAUCGGGCGCGCACGGACAGGGGAUGAGGGCGCUCCUCUGCCCUCGCCCAGGACUCAGCGGUUUACGCCCGUGCGCGCACUCCACGUCGGGACGCCGCCCGUCCCCGAAGGGGUCGCCGUCACGGACGCUUCCACUUCCUUCACAAACUCGCCGCUCAUCGGUUCUUCCGAACGUCUCCAACAUCACGAGGGCGCUGCGUCAGCCAGUCCAACCUUCGCCCCACCCUCGCCCGGCCGCCUUGGCCAGCCCCAGUCUCAUGUGGCAGCCAGGCGGAUGUCCAACGUUGAUCGGCGCGUCCGUUCAGAAGCUUUCCCCGUGCAGAAGCGGCACAUGUCGAUUGCCAGCUCCCGACGCCCCUCCAUUCUUACAGGCGGCUAUGAGAGCAGCACGGACGAUGACAGCAAAGACGACGCUACAGCUACAGAAGUGCCUCCCAAGCAACUGCGGGGUACUGCGCUGCUCAACCACCACUCCCCUUCUCAUUUGGCAGCACCCGGAGGGCGACGACGCGCACAGUCCCUUCUUGUCACGCCGCCCGCGCACGAUUCCUGGUCUCCCAACCCUUCAGCUUCCCCGGCCACCUCUCGCCGCCCUUCCCGUCUCAGUCGGUCCACCGUCUCCGGCUCGCCUCUCCGCACUCCUGUUGGCGGACGGACACCUACAGACAUCAUGUCGCGCGCUCCCAGCGAGGCAUUGUCGCUUUCUCAACUCCCCUCGCGCACCGGACGCAGCGGAAGCGGAGGUGGUCGGACGCGAGAACCGAGCGGCAGCGCUGCAGACUACGAGCGAGAAGACCAACGGAGGAUGGAACAAAGGCGGGGCAAUCCGCUCGCUACGAGCUUGGGCCUCGGACCAUCGCGUCCCGUAAUCCUGUCGCCCGACCAGAUCGAGAAUCUCCUAGGUGACGCCGACUUCAACUCUGCAAAGGCCCGCAUGGCCAAGCCCAUGCGACGACAGUCAUCGAUUACAUCAAAUGAUCCGCCGCAGCAACAACAAUUCACUCCUCCAACCACUUCCACAUCCACCUUCCCUCCGCACCCAUCCAUCACUGUCAUCACCCCGCCUCCUCUUUCCCGUCCCUACCUCGUCACCGCCCCGCCGGCACUCACCAACGGCGAUUGGGCUGGUCGAGAUCGCGCGACUUCUGUCAGCUCGAGCGUGGGCGCCAGCACGGUGGCUGGGACGCCCCACCGCAACGUCACUCCCCUUAAUACACGCCGGCGGGCCUUGUCAACCGCAACGCUCGACAGCGACGGCGGCCAUAUUCCCUUCACUCAUCACGUCCCCGCAGUUCUUCUAGAAGACGACGACGACGACAUUGAAGAUCACGAGUCGCCGCUAGAAGACUUGGCUACGCAGACUGCGGCGCCGCAAGCUGACGUGGACAGCACCACCACGGCCACACAGAACAACAGUGGCGACACAACGCCCAUGGCACACAAUCAGCUUGACGACCGAACACAAGACCCCAAAGCGCGCCGCCGUAUCAGCGGACUCUUCGGCCUGCGCGGGCGGAAGCGCGACAUGUCGCCACCACCACCCGCCACACUUACACAUGUGCGAUCGGCCCCGCCCUUGGCUAAGAAACGCACCGAGGCGUCUGACCGCACACGUGAUCGCGAUGCAGAGAUGCGCCGGGCUGAGCUCGCGCGGCGCGAGGAAGAGCAGAUGGAAGAACAAAGGUACAAGGCUUUGCUACUGAUCAACGCGCAUCCUGCUUCUCAGCGACGCGCCCAGCGCGCAGCACUGCACCUCGAUGGGUACUACUCGUUCAUCUACCAAGGGCUCGAGAACCCGCCCAAGCUUAACCUUCUGGCGGUGCUGCGCUGGAAGCGCAAAACCGAGAUUCAGAAGCAGGCGCGCGAGAAGUGGGUGAAGGAACAUGUAGAUUCGACACACCUCGCCUCGCCCGGUCUGUGGUCCGGCGGGUUGUCCGGCAGCCCUUCCUCGCCUGCCUCCGAUGCCAUCCGUGCACUCUCGCCCAGACUCUUCGGUAGCCCAAGCCCUCUUCCACCCCGCUCUGUCGCAUCGGCCACCUCCAAGCCCGAGCAUCGCGCCGGCCGCGACUGGCAGUACACGCUUGACGACAUUCAAGGCUAUACUGAUACAGGCGGCCGUGUCGAUUUCUUCAUCCCGCCGAAUGUCGCUCCGGAGCCUGUCGAGCGCGAGAGAGCGCAGUCACUCUCCCUUCAGUCUGAAGCGCAGCUCUCCGUGCCUUCCGAGGUCGCGGAGUCGGCCACGGGCGCAGAGAAGGAGUUGUCACCCUCCACCGCACGAUUGGUCUCCCCCUCCACGCCGUCCCUAACUCGGGCGGAGGUGGUAGAUGACGGCUCUACUGCCGGCGACCUGUCCAGAAGACCGUCCCUUGAGCCUAACCCGCCGCCGCUACGCCCUUUCAAGUCUAGACAUCGCAGCCACCAGAGUACCAGCGGCUUAGCGCUUGGGCCUUUCCGCGCCUUGGGACGAAACUUUGCGAAUGUAAUGAACCCCGUCCCCGUUCUGACUGAUAACGAGGACGAGCGGCGAGGCGCAAACUUGCCAUGGGCGUCCAACGAUUCGCCCAAUAGCCCUCAGCAUCAGGUCAGCGCCCACUCUCUGCGCGACACCCGCGGCCUUCUUGGUUUGCGCCGCACACAUGAGCAGGUAGUCACUUCCGAUGACGAGCCACCACAUCGUCGUCGCCUCCUCCGCAGUGGCAAGGGAUUUGACAGGGGGUCGCGACGUGUUGUAACGGCGAAUGAUCACACGUCGCGUGAUGAUCAUUUACGCAGCCACGAGCAGGAGCGUACAACUGAUCAGGCUUUAACUCGUAACCAAGCCCCCGUACCCACCGACACAAGAGCCGAUCUUGAGCUUGCGGCGUCUAUAAUGAGACAGGUCGAGGACGAAAUUUUCGCGGCGCACCAACAGUCUCUACUCAACGCGCAGAGGCAGUUAAAGCAGGUCGAAAAAUCCGAGUCUGACAUGCGCAACGCCAUUUCACACUUUGUUUCGCAGCUUGAUGAAGUCCGUGGCGUAUUCCACACGGCCGCGGACGUCGACAUCAAGUUCGAGGGCCUCGAGGCGCUGAGUCGACCCGAGCUUCGUGCUUCGGACGAUGAGACAGCCGACCAGUUGAGCCCACUUGCCUUCGAGUCGGACGUCAACUUUUCUGAUCGCAACGGCCGGGGCGGGCCACGCCCCCGGCCCAUCCGGCGCCCACCUGCCGCCACCGCGUUGCAGGCGCUACCGUCCUUUGCGUUCGGGCUGCAGGCGUGGCCGAAGCGCUCGACUCUGGACCCGACUCUCGGCGUUACAGUCAACCCCUUCCGCCGCGUUGAGUUGACAUGCCAAAAGGCCGAGGCAACGGUGCGCGAGAUGGAAGAGCAGCGCGCCUCGACGACGCGCAAGAUCCAGGAGAUGGUAGUCACAGUGAACGGCUUCACACAGCAGACCAAGGCUGUGCUCACCUGGGUCAAGGACGCGAACAACAAGAUCCACGACGCGAAGCAGAAACGCGCCGCCCUGUCGCAGCAGGUCCGCGGUGGCCUCAUCGAGACCGUGCUCAUACUCCCCGGCUUUGACACCGUCAGCGACUUCCUCGUGCGCGUCUUCCUCGGCGUCCUCUCCUACCUCCUGCGCCUGCACCGCCUCACCACAUGGGCCCGUGGGCGUAGCUAUAUUGCGUGGGCGCUGCUCUUCGCCUUCGUCGCCAUGUUAGUCUUCUUCUACCUGGCAGGAUCGGACGACUUGCCUGUCCCGCCGUCGGCGCAGGUCCCAUCGCCCGUCACGCUUCUUGGCGACGGUGUCUCUUAAAGAUAGAAUCUGUAGAUUGGGUGUUUUUUUUGUACGCAUCAUGUCACCUCGUUAUGUCUCUUG